CUGUAUGAGGCAGAAACUCGUCCCACGUACGGUUCGGAGGCCGAGCCCCACCCCAGCAGUCAGGGUGCGACUUAGGUCAACUAACACAAAGCAUAUAGAGUUCACUCAACGAUUGCCUUUGGGUUCCGAACGUAAUAUGGGGAAGGAGCGUUGUUGUUUGCGAGGUCUCGAUCAUUUACAUGGACCCACUUUUCAUUCCAUUUGUGGGAAUUUGAUGAUCUAUAAACCGUCCCUAAGGCUCAUCUUUGAGCAUGAUGAAUCACUUCGUGCCGACCUGUUGCCAAUCCACUUUCCGACCUCAUAUGAGAAUGGAAAACUUGAGCAUUUUCUGCAUCGGUGGAUGAAGAAUGGCGAACAUAAUAAUUUAUGGUUGACCAUGUUUCCAGAAAAAAGAUACUUUCGAGAAAGGACGAGCACGACUGAAGUGGCUAUACAUACUAAUCUAUUUACGGAUCUAUAUGCUUUGAUUGGAACUGGAAGUUCCAGAACAAGCGGCUGGUAUACCACCAUAAUGAAACUGCCUUUUCUUUUUUUUAUUCGGAUCGGGUUUAUGUUGGCUUCGUUGGGAGGCUCGCGUAGUUUGUUACGUCAGCGGAAAAAGGAUAAGUUGCGUUGGAAUUGAGAAAGUUCCGUGGAGUUCAUAAUUGCAUAAAAGAAG